AUGGACGACUCCCAUAGCGGCACAGGUGGACUCGAAUCGCUGGAUGACCUCUGCGUUCAACAAAUUGCUUCUUGCAUAGAUUCUCUUAAGGAUCUGCUAAGCCUAGCCAGGACCUGCCGGCGCCUACGCCAUGCCGUCGCAACUGCGGAACCAGCCUGGCAACGUCACAUCCUAGCGGACUUCGGACUGCUGGUCCAGCCCAUCACCCCAAAGCGCCCCUUUCUAUCAAUAUCAAAAUCUUCCAAAGGGGAAAACAUCGUCCCCUUUACGGCAAGACCUACCCACGUGGCUCCACUUGCCAUCAUACCUAUUUUGGAGUUGUGUCUGAGGGGAAUAACGUCCUCCCUGGAUUGGAAUGUGCAGGGUGUCGGUCUCAGAGAUCAGUACGACAUGCUGCGAGGGGCCAAUGGCGCUGGUGGUGGUGGCGAAGGUGACGGUGGUGGUGGAGGUGAUGGUGAUGGUGAUGCCGCCACCGGAGCGCUGCCCACUACUGCUACUGCCACUGCUAUCGCUACUGGGUUGAUGGUGGCGUCUGUGCCGGCUACAGCUACGGCUCAGGCGCCGUUACAGAGCGGUGUACGACCUUUCUUGCCAUUUGCGGGCGUGUCGACGGACGGAGGUUGCGAUGCACCCGCCGCGGACUUUUGGGUGGGCCACAUGUUCGCGCCCUCCUCCCGCACCUUCUACUCGUCGGAGGCCCUCACACGGAAUGUUCACUGCGUGGCACUGCUGCAGCCGAACGGGUACGAUGAUGAAAACGAUCCCCACAGGGUCUUCCUGCUCGACCGGCUCCAGCACCCGGCAGCUUACCUCAGUCGCGAUGUGAUGAGGUCCAUUAUGAUUGACCAGGCCUGGGAGGAAAGCUCCCCCGCGUCCGGCAGUGGGGGUCCAGGGGGGGCUCCGGAACCACUUCCCCCCCUCCCCGCCCGGGCGAUGGAGGAGGCGAGGAGGGUGCUGAGUCUGUGUGCCACGGAGGGUACGACAGGGCAGCAACACGAUCAGGAUGUGGCGCUGCAUGCCGUACAUCAGAUGGCUUGGAAGAUAUGGCACACGCAGCGGUCCGUGUCCUUCCCCCUCCGCCAGCCCCUGCCCGACCGGCAACCCCGCCUGCUGUUCGGAGAGGGCCCCCUCGAAGCCCUGGGGCGCGCGAGGAGGGAGCAGAGGCAGCGGGGGCGGGGGGACUGGGGGACGCAGCAGCGGCAGCAGCGGCAGCAGCAGCAGUGCGGCGAGGAGGGUGGAGGUGGCGGGAGCAGUGGCAGCGGCAACCGGGGGGUGACAGCUCCAGGGGGGGUCGGGGGGCGCGCAAUGGAGGGGAAGGGGGAGGGGGGUGGCAACCUCUACAGGACGUUAGGCUUGUUCGACUCCGUGUUGUUGAGCCGCCACGUCAGCAUCACCUGCCCCCUCCGGUGCGGGGCUUUGCUGGCAGUGGCGGCGGGAGGGGAGGGCGGGGGUUUCGGAGCCGCCGGAGGGCUGGCGGCGGUACAGGGCGCCGUCGCCGCAGCCGCCGGCGGUACGGCUGGCGGCCACGGCGGCAGCAGCACGUAUCCGGAGGCUGCUGCUGCUGCUACUGCUACAGCCGCGGCUGGAGAGCUGGCGGCCUUGGAUGACGCCACGGACAUCCGUGCCGUACUGGCGGCCGUACGCGCCGGCGUCCUGCCGCCCAUCGCCGGCUAUUACACCAGCGGAUGGGUGGAGUGGGUGGAGUUCGAGCGGCCGUCGCUGCCCACCGUUCUGAACUCCGACAUCUACACGCUGUCCCCGGAAUACCCCCCGCUGCAACAGCAGCAGACGCUUCCAUUGAAGCAGGGGCAGGGGCAGCCGGCGGGAGGGUUGCCGGUGCCGUACACAGACAUGUUGUGUAGGGUGUUCCCCGUCGUAUGGUUUCGGUUCUCGACACGGGAAGAGCGUCGGGCACUGCGGCGCCGCAGCCCCGCCGGCCCGCCAGCUGGCGCGGCCGCGGCGGCGGCGGCUGCCGCCGCCGCCGCUGCCCAUGCGGCGGCGCCCUGGGUGGCCAACGGGCUGUUGGCGAAACUGAUCUCCUGCGAAGACACCCGGCCGGCAUUCAACCAGUUGCGAGGGGGUUGCAACAUUGACAUGGGGAUCAUUGCGGUCCAGGGACCUGCGGCACCCGGGGGUGGGGGAGGUGGGCCGCUGCUACAGCUGAUGGACGGGGUAUCGCUAAUGUAA